CUGGCGUAUCGCUGUGUGUAUUGGUUGAUGCCUAGUAAAUAAAAAAAAUCGUAAUACAGUCUGCCUGCGCUGUAAAAUUGAUUAUGUCUGUACCAGGUGUAUGCGGCAGAGUUCUACCGUGUUUCACAAUUGUGUGCUAAAAUGGGUAGCGGAAGCGCGUUCUUCAUCAUCAUUCGUCUGGGAUUUCUUUUCUGCAGUCGCAAUGUGGCUGCUCAGUAUUAUCGUUACUAUCCUUAUAUGGACAGAAUGUGCAAUCAGAGCCUGCUAUUAGACUGUCCCUUUAUGUACGCACGAGCCGGAAUCUUCCGCUAUGACAACAUACCCAACAUGUCCCCGGGAUUGUGCUACUUUAAUGUGACACUGCCAGCCGACUGCGGGAUAUCAACCGACUCCUUCGCCGUCUAUUUCAACAUUCGAAAAUUUCUUCUGCCGUCCACCGACCGUGUCAGAAUCUAUCAAACUGACCGACUGGCAUCGCGCAUCCUUCUCAAAGAGUUGACCGGUUCCCACUCCGCGCGGUCCAAUCCUUCGUCGGUCGCGCAAGCUCUGACAUCCUACGUUAAACAACCCUCCUUUACUUUCGAGUAUUUCCGCGGUACAUCACCUUCUACGGAAUUGCAUCAGGCUGGCAUCGAUUUUGUUGUCGUUGAAAGUAGUCCGGGUUUAUGGAAUGCAUAUUGCCCCGCUUUGUCGGGGUAUGUGGACGAUUAUUUCUUCUGUCAUACGGACGGAAGUUAUGAUCGCGUCAACUGCCCGCACAACUUUGCUGCCGACGUGUAUGCGUUGAAUCCCGCCUAUCUGAGGCAACCCUGCCCUUUUAAGUCUCCGCCGAGUUUCGAGAACAAUGAACCAAUAUAUGAGUAUUGGAACACUUAUGGCAUACCAGGCAGUUCUAAGUCUUCCAGCCUGAACUUCGCUAUCAUUACGGGAAUUGCCUUUGGAUGUGUUUUAUGUGUUCUCAUGAUCAUUGCUGCGGUUUACGUGGUCCGCUCUGCCCGGCGACGUACAUCACCCAGCCGACCCAUCGUUCCAUCAACAAAUUGCACCAUGCAACUAGCGCCACUACUAGCAGCUAUGCAACAUGAUGCCACAAAUUGGCCGGCGGUGCUCGAUGAUCCUGUUGCACCCCCUCCGCCAUUUACGGGAGCACCGCCUUCGUAUUCCCAAGUCACUGCAGCACCAGUCCUAGGCGGCAUUCCCCCUCCGCCUUUUAUGGGAGCUCCGCCUUCGUAUUCCCAAGCCACUGCAGCACCAGAACUAGUCGGCAUUUCUGUGUCCAACCCGCCGUCUUAUAAAUCACGCACACAGCACCAGUAUUCCGAAAAGCGUGUGUAUCUGGAUAAUGUCCGCGUGAAAGGAGAUUUCUGAAAUUCUAGUAGAAAGCCCGCAAGAUUGCACGUUUUCGCGGUUCUACAUAUCGAAUGACAAUAACACUUCCCGGGUCUUCUUCAGCGGUGUGCAAGCAGCGUUUUAGUUUGGCUAUUGUUAAAGAAAACGCUACGUGAACAGAAUAUUUAUACUUAUUAUGUGCGGAUUAAGAAGCAGAUCGUGAGAAAGCCGAAGUACUCAAUACAGUUUGUCAAAAUCACCGGCUACCUGGCAGUUACCGCGCAGUUGUAAUGCUAAAUCCUGUAUCGUAAUUUUUUGAACGUUGUCUUGCCCAGUUAAUACGUGAUCAUUUAAGU